GUUUCAGGGGCAGGCUCCUGUGAUCGAACCAGACGUAGAUCCUGUGAAGUACAUCCUGCUGGGGAUGGUGGGAGGCCUCAUCAUCCUGCUGGCAGUCCUCACCACCUCUCUCAUGUGCACUCGGAGAAAGUAUAGGAGGAAGCUGAAGGCCGCUAAAGCUAUGAAGUCCGCGUCCAUGGUGGCGUCUGACAACCAGAAGGGUGGCGCUGUGGUGCCUGGAACCAACAAGUACACCAUGGAGGGAGCCAAUCCUGUUCUCAACCUCACCAUGGUCCUGGACUUGGACGAGGCGAGCUCAGAUGUGGACAAAGUCAGUCUCAAUUCCCUCGACUACAAUGAUGACAUGGACAUUCACGGAAAGGAUAUAAAAACAAACAUGCUGAUGAUCCAGGAGGAAGAGGAGGAGGAGGAGGACAGUGGACCACCAGAGUACAUUGAGCCUCUGGGUGCAGCGCUGGCCCAGCGGGGACAGAAGAGAGACAAACCUCAUGUGGGUUUUAAUAACCCUGCUUUCAGCACCACAGACCUGUGAUGGAGAGAAUGAAGAGAGAGGCACCAAGCUCAGGCCUCAGAUGGACACAUGUUGCUCUUCUGUGACCAGAUCGACCAAAUAACCAAUCAAACAAAUAGGGCCUUGUCUAAAGGCCCGGGCGAAACAGAAAUGACCUUGCUGGUUGUCGUUUUCCCAUCCUGCGCCCAUGUUUAAAAAGUAAAUGCAAUUGCGCCAUUUGCUUAGAUUAGUAAAAUAGAGCUUAUAGUUUUGCAUUGAAAGCUUGUCUUUAUAUGAUUUUAUGUUCUGACCAAUAUUAAGUAAAUAUAAUGUUAUUAAGAUUCGACUUUGGAUUUUGCAUCUUAAGUGAUUAGUUUGCUUUGUCUAAAAAUGAAAAGGGAAAGCAUGUCACACUAUGGAAACAAUUCUAUGGACACCAUUUUACUAUCAUAUACUACACUUCCUUUUUGCUUAAACAUUAUAGAGUUAUACAACUUUCAUAUCAGUCCAUCUUAGCUUCAAAAACUGAAAGUAGAGGAGAGAAAGAAAACAAAAUCAGCCAAUCAGCAUC